AUGGGCAGCCAUGGAAAAUUGUCAUCGGUAGCUAUGCUCCGCCGCUCGGUGACACUCUGGUCAGGAUGUGAGAAUGAUUGCAAGCGUCGAGGACGACAGUGCAGAAACCAGUUGGAGGUAGCUGCCAUAGUUCUGGAUGAGCGAUGGAGCUCUUUCACGUCUUGGCUCCAAUAUGACCAAAAAUGGAGGAACAAGGGUCGUGCCAAAAAGGGCCCCGGCCAUGUGCAGCCAAUUCGCUGCACAAACUGCGCCCGGUGUGUGCCCAAGGAUAAGGCCAUUAAGAAGUUUGUCAUUCGGAACAUUGUAGAAGCCGCUGCAGUCAGGGACAUAUCUGAAGCAAGUGUCUUCGACGCUUAUGUGCUUCCCAAGCUCUAUGUCAAGCUGCACUACUGCGUGAGCUGUGCCAUUCAUAGCAAGGUCGUCAGGAAUCGAUCUUGUGAGGCCCGGAAGGACGGAACACCCCCACCACGAUUCAGACCUGCUGGCGCUGCACCACGACCUCCACCAAAGCCCAUGUAAAGAGGUGAUUUCAUGAAGGUAGAAAAAAAAAUACCAUGGAAAAAUAAAACUGAAGUUAUACUUUA